CACACAUAUUUCUGUGCAGCCUGCCUCUCUGGCAGGGUUCUCAGUCGUUAGAACCGUUCUGAUCAAUUACAACCUUUCCAAGGGGCGCAACCAGGGCGCAACUUAGGCAUUUCCAUGGGAGUUCGCUGAAAAUAUCCCCUCUGGAAAGAGAGCACGGCUAAAAUGCCUGGGACAGGUAGGGAGACCCUGUCCUCAGCGUCGCUGAAGAGGCGCCGAGUGCAGGAGGAUGAAGCUGCCUGUGCAAAAACAUUGGCAAGCAGCCAGCCGGUCACCCUCUCCCAGGCCCAGGUGUUGACAGCGGAGGGCGAGCUCGCUUGCAAGAGGGCGGUCGACGAGUGGCAGGCUGCAGCCAAGGCGUUCGCUGGGCUACAGGCAGAGGUGAAGCGGCUCGAAGGGGAACUAGAGAAGGCAAAGCAACACGGCGAGGAGCAGGACAGAUCUUUCAAAAAGGAGAGGGAUGCAUUGACGAGCGAAAUGGACGACGUUCAGAAAAGCUUGGCAGCAAAAGAUGAGUCAUUGAGGGAGGCUCAAGCUGCUGGAGCAAGGAAAGCAGAAAACGGAAACCAGUUUAGCUUUGUUCUGGCCGGAACGGGACAGUCAGGGUCUGUUCCUCGGAGUUAUCUAGAGUCGGAACCGGAGUCGUUGCUCAACAAGAUGUACAAUGGCGAGUGGGAUUAUGCGCGAGAUGAGCAGGGCCGGGCUCUCGUCAACUGCCACCCCGAACGAUGGGCAGCAAUCUUGGAACAUUUGGCGACAGGGACUGCUCCCACAGAGCGGGAUCAGCGGUUGCUCGAUCAGGCCCGCCACUGGAACCUGAAACGGCUUGUUCAUGCGCUGGAGGCGUUAACCCCUGGUGUUACGGUGACGCGGCAAGUCCAAGAGAGCAGCUGGGGGUUGCAAGCGCACGCAUCGUAG